GUGAAGGAGAAAGAAAUAAAGUAAAAGGAAGAGGAGGAGAGAAAGAGACAACAGGAGCAAGAUGAGAAGAGACAGAAUGAGCAACAGGAGAAGAUGGAGUUUCAAGUGAACUUGGAAAAAUUGAUUAAAGGAUCCAUGACUGAAGUUUGCGAAUCGAUUCUGGGCAAAAAAAUUGCCCCUACGGAGAACGUAUGCGCCGAGAUUAGUACUGAGCUUCGGAGGCAAGCGAUAGCUGUUGGGAAGAAGCCAGUUCAGGAGGGCAGUCAAGAGUCAGAAAUUGAACGACUGAGAAGAGAAAAUGAGGAGAUGAAGAUUGCUAUGCGGAUCAGCUUAGCAGAUAAGGAAAUCGAUUUGUUAAAGCAAGAUAAUAUCACGCUCUCGAAAGGUAUUGUCAAGCUAAGAGACGAGGUCAACGCUUUGAGAAGAGGAGGAGAGAAGAGAAAUGCGAAAGUCGUUACGGAGAAAAGUCCACCGGUAGAACCGGCACGAGUCAAACUGAGGGUUGUUGAUCGUGAUCUUACUCCAGAAGACAUCGCCAAGAUGGCGGAUGUCUACAGGAAGCUACGAAAUGACAAAGAUUAUGCAGAAAGGGAAGUUGCAGCCAUGAAAGAACGUAUCAAUAGACUGAAGACUCGGACGUCACCACCGGUCGUUAGGAGAAGGUUUGCGCUAAGGGGUGUGCAACACACUAAUCUCCGGAAGAAGAUGGCGCAAUUAGUUGACGAACCGGAAGAAGAUACGGAGGCGGAAAGCAGUCCGCCGACUGUGCGAUUCGAAAAGCGUACAGAUGAGACCAGACCGACUUUCACUAAGAGGUUUUUUCUUGAAUCGAGCAAGCUACGGAAAAAUAAGAUUGAGAAGCUGUGUCUCGAAGAGGGUCUUCCGUAUACCACUAGUAUACGAGGAUCUAUGGCCGAUUUGCCGGAAAGAUAUGGUGCAACGACAUUUCCGCAAUUGAGACGAAGAGUAGUCAUUGAAGAAGAGAAAGAGGUCGGGGAUGACGAUGAUCAUUCUGUCGAUAUUGCGGAGGGUGAACCUAGUAAUCAUGCUGAGGGAAUCUCCAAUUGCUAGGAACGCUCUUCGAGUGCUAGUAAUUUUCGUAACGAUCAGAAUUGUGAGGAAUUGGCUUUGACUU